UUAUCCAGGCUGAAUAAGUGAUGGGCGCGGGGGUCCGCGGUGCCUCCAGUGAGUGGCACAGCUUCCUCCUGGCCGGACAAUCGUGGAGACCCGCGGCGGCCGACGCAGCAAGUGGCGGAGUGUUGCUGGGCGACACAACCUGUGUGGGCGGCGGGAGGCAGUGCGGCGAGCUGUGCGGUGCCCCGGCUGUGUGGCGCGGCGGACAGCCGUGAUCCGCGGGGCGGGGCCCCACAGUUCGAGAACUGUGUUGGGCCAUGCGGCCCGAGGCAGACCUGACCGGGUCUGGGCGGCGGGGCGUGCCGUGGGGCGACGAGGACGCGUGGGGGCUGGGCUAUCCGGCGGGCGCGGGCUUGGAGUACUCGCGCUACAAUGUGUGGUCGGGCGGCAGGGCGCUGGGCAGCGGCGGGCUGUCCUCGGCAGGCUCGGCGCUGUCCCUCAGCAGCCCGGAGAGCUGGGCAGGGCGCGCCAUGCCGAGACUACGGCGCAGCGACAGCCUGGCGGCGGCGGGCUCCUUCAGCCCCUUCAACGGGUUUAGUCCCCUGAGGCCCCUCAGCCCCCUGCUGCCGCCCCUCACCCCCUUGACCAACGGCGGCCUGGCUAACGGGCGCCCCGCGCUGCCCCCGUCUCGGUGGGAUCGCGCCCGGCGUGGUGUGCCCGCCAUGCAGCCCGGGGGUCGCGUCGGCCUGGGGGCGUGUCGACACGGCAUCGGCGGGGGCCUGGCCUCCACGCUGCUGCUGCAGGGCCUCAGCCUGGGCAGGGUGGCAGCGGCGGCGGCGCUGCCCCCCCAUGCGCCGCCCUUCAGCGGCCUCCUCCACACACCACCAUUACCACCCGCCACCACCGCCGCCCUGCCACCCAGGAAGGCGUCCAUCAGCAGUGACCUGGACGGCUCCGCGGCGGGGCUGGGGUCGUCGCGGGCGGACCUGGUGGCGGCGGAGGCGGAGGAGGAGGCGGGCAGCUGCGGGUGGCUGUGCCUGCGGCCACGUUGGCUGCAGCACGCCCGCACCUCCAAGUGGGUGCUCUUCUGGCUGUGCUGGGCCGCCGCCGCGCAGGGUAUGGUCGUCAAUGGGUUCGUCAAUGUCUGCAUCACGACCAUAGAGAAGAGAUUUAACCUGCGCUCCACCGAUGCAGGUCUCAUCGCGGGGGCAUACGACUUUGCCUUCCUCCUAUGCUCCAUGCCAGUGUCCUACCUCGGGUCACGGGCGGGGAGCUGCAAGCCGCGAUGGCUGGGCUGGGGCAUCUUCAUAAUGGGUGCUGGGUCCUUCCUCUUUGCCCUGCCCCACUUCCUCGUGCCCUCCUACAUCCCCAGCAGCAGCAACGCAUCCUCCAUCCUCUAUUGCCUGCGCCAGGGCACGAGAGAGAACCAGUGCGGGGUGUUGGUGGAGAACUGGCUGUCCUCGUACAGACACAUCUUUGUGCUGGGACAGUUCCUGCACGGCGUGGGGGCGUCGCCGCUCUACACCCUGGGCAUCACCUACCUCGAUGAGUCCGUACCUGUCAAGAUGUCCUCAGUCUACCUGGGCAUCUUCUACGCCAUGGCUGUGGUGGGUCCGGCGGCUGGGUAUGUGUUGGGUGGACAGUUCCUCCGUGUGUACAUCAACGCCCCCAAAGUGCUGCCUGACAGGUACGGGUUGGAGGCGAGCAGCGACCUGUGGCUGGGCGGGUGGUGGAUUGGGUUCCUGCUGUCCGGGUCACUCUGCAUGUUGAUCUCCUGGCCCAUCAUGGCAUUCCCCGCGCAGCUGCCGGGCGCAAAAGCAAUCAAGGCAUCACGAGUCUCCGAGGCCUAUGGAUCUACAGCAGGUGCAGGAGGAGGAGGAGGAGGAGGAGGCGGAGGAGGAAGGGACAUCACGGCAGCAGGAGCAGGAGGUGGUGGGGCGGCAGGGUUCGGCAAGCUGCGGGACCUGCCGAAAGCCGUGAAGGUCCUGGCGCUUAACCCGACCUUCCUGGCCCUCUCCCUCGCUGGCGCCACGGAGGGGAUUCUCUUGGCAGGGUUCGCAACCUUUACGCCGAAGUUCCUGGAGAAUCAGUUUAGCAUGGCGGCCAGUCUCGCGGCGCUGAUUGUAGGAUUUGUGGUUGUGCCGGCGGGUGGAGGCGGAACGCUGCUGGGUGGGUGGAUCAUCAAGCGUCUCCACCUCUCCUGUUCCGGCAUCCUGAAAAUGUGCAUCAUCUUCUCUGUGGUGUGCGUCCUCUCCUGCCUCACCUUCGUCAUCUCCUGCCCCAACAUCGAUUUCGCCGGCGUCAAUGUGGAGUAUGGGAAUAGGUCAACAUCACCCUCCGCGCCGAGCCUCAUCGCGUCCUGUAACCAGCAGUGUGGGUGUCAGGACGUCGCCUAUAGCCCUGUCUGCGGCGCCAACAACGUCAUGUAUUUCUCCCCGUGUCAUGCCGGCUGCUCGAGCAUGGUGGAGGGGCAGGAUGGGGUCAAGGUGUUCCAGGAGUGCAGGUGUGUGGCCCCGAGCAGCCCCACCGCCCCGCCUGGUGACCCCCGCCUCGCCCCAGACUCAGCGCUCCGUGAGAAAUGCCCCGCCACCUGCCUCCUCAUGCCUGUCUUCCUCGCCAUCUUCUUUGUGACGAUGCUGCUCACCUUCAUCAUCAGUCUCCCGGCGCUCUCGGGCACGCUCAGAUGUGUCCCGGACUCUCACCGAUCCUUCGCGCUGGGGCUGCAGUGGAUAGUGAUUAGGUUACUUGGCACUAUUCCCGGGCCUAUCCUUUUCGGCGUCCUCUUUGACCACACCUGCAUCCUCUGGCAGUCCACUUGUGGGAGGGGAGGCGCCUGCAGGAGCUACGACAACUUCCACAUGAGCAGGUACAUGAUGGCAGUUUCCGUCCUCUUCAAAUUCCUCUCCACCAUUCUCUUCAUCAUCGCCUGGUGGAUGUACAAGGCGCCCCCCACCUCCUCCGACGCCCUACCAGACCCCCCGCUGACCCUCCCCAUCCCCCACUCCUCCCCCGCCACCACCCCGCCCAUCACCCCGAAGCGGAAAGGGUUCAGGGGCGGAAGGGAGCUAAGGGGGGUGGACAACAUGGGUGCAGAACUUACCUGAAUAGAUUGUAAUAGAUAGAUAGACAGGUUAGGUAAUAGAUAUGGUAGAUUAGGUGAUAGAGUAAUAGAGGAAUGAAUACGAGUGAGGGGGAGGUUCAGGCGUUUAUAGAUCGGGUGUUAUUCUAUAUUUUUUUUUUAUAAUGGGUUGUGAUGAUUUUUUUUUUUUGUAUAGAUAUCAAUAGACAAAUAGGUGGAGCAAUAGACGAAUGAAUGCAAGUGAGGGGAAGAUUCAGGCGUUUAUAGUUAGGGUGUUAUUCUAGACUUUUUUGUAUACAUGCUGAGUUGAGUAAGUGAUUUUUUUUUUUUUUUUUUUUUUUUUUGUUUGAGGAGACUGCAAUAGACGGAUAGAUAGAUAGAUUGAUAAGGGAUUGAAUGCGGGUGGUGGCGAGGAGAUCGAUCGCAGCGUUUAUAGAUAAAUAGAUGGAUCAUUGAUGGGUAUUUUUUUAUCAUAUGUCGAAUUUAAGUAAAUGGUGAUUGUGUCCGCUUGUGUGUGUGUGUUUGUGUGUUUUUAUUUCACUUUUUCGUUUGUGAUUUUGUGUUUAUCUCAUUUUUUCGUUCGCUUUUUAAUAUUUUUUUGUAUGUUUAUGUGCGUUGAUUCUCUCUCUAUUUGUGUGUGUACGUGUGUGUGUGUGUGUGUGUGUUUUUAUUUCACUUUUACGUUUAUGUGAUUUUGUGUUUAUCUCAUUUUUUCGUUCGCUUUUCAAUAUUUUUUUUGUAUGCUAAUGUGCGUUGAUUCUCUCUCUAUUGUGUACGUGUUUUGUAUUUCUUACGAGCGGAUUAACAAUUACAGCUGUUUCACAAGCUCUCCGUAACUUAGCCCGGUAGCAGCGGGGACCAUGUUUCUUAAUGGUCCCUCUAAGCGAGAAAAAUGAGAAAAAAUCACCACUCAUACAAACCAUUUCAUAAUAUAUAUCAAAGCAUUUCUUAUCAGUAUAUGUAUCAUCUAUUUUGGGGGGGUUUAUAUCGUGGCACAAAUUUGGCCCGUCGCUGCUACACGGUAAAGCCACAGAUUUGGCCCGUCGCUGCUACACGGUAAAGCCACAAAUUUGGCCCGUUGCUGCUACACGGUAAAGCCACAAAUUUGGCCCGUCGCUGCUACACGGUAAAGCCACAAAUUUGGCCCGUCGCUGCUACACGGUAAAGCCACAAAUUUGGACCGUCGCUGCUACAUGGUAAAGCCACAAAUUUGGCCCGUCGCUGCUACACGGUAAAGCCACAAAUUUGGCCCAUCGCUGCUGCACGGUAAAGCCACAAAUUUGGCCCGUCACUGCUACCAGGUUAAGAUCUAGAUGAACAAGGAUGGUAGCGCUUGUAAUAUUGGUGUUAAAGCGUAAAGCCCUUUUAUCAACAAGCCAAGGCAAGACGGAACUGAACCCCAAGUGCAAAUACAUUACGUCAAGAAGAGGAUGAGAUAGCAAAGCAAGAACUACAUCACUGGAGGAUCAAAUCUCACUUCUACCUAUGAGCAGCGAACGACACUUACUUAAUUCCGUACUUAAUUCAUUUCCGUACAUAUUUUUUUACAUUCUUUAACGUACACAUUCUUUUUAAGUGUUACCAUAUUGUUAAUUUCGUGCUAAUGGAAGUCUCUCAAAGGUGGCUUUCCGUAGGUGGCAAUACUGUACCCAAUGGUCUAUCUGUCAGUAGUAGUAGUAGUAGUAGUAGUAGUAGUAGUAGUAGUAGCAUUACCAUAUUGUUAUUUUUGUGCUAAUGGAAGUCCCUCAAAGGUAGCUCUCCGUAGGUGGCAAUACUGCACCCAUUGGUCUAUCUGUCAGUAGUAGUAGUAAUAGUAGUAGUAGUAGUAGUAGUACCAUAUUGUUAUUUUUGUGCUAAUGGAAGUCUCUCAAAGGUGGCUCUACGUAGGUGGCAAUACUGUACCCAUUGGUCUAUUUGUCAGUAGUAGUAAUAGUAGUAGUAGUAGUAGUAGUAGUAGGCAGAGUGACCAGAUACAAGUGCUGCCCCCUAUAUGAACAACCAUCUGAAUUUAUGACUCUCUGCAUUGUUCUGUAUAAUUAUUUUGCUGUACAUGAAUCAUACUGUUUUGUCGACCUUCUGUGUGACUGUAUAUAUCAUUUUGUACCUACUUCUAAUCCCUCAUAGAUAGAUAUAGAUAGAUAGAGAUAUAAUUUUUGUACAACUGUGAUUGUUUCCUUCCUUUACGAUGCUGUAUAUUAACACUACGAGGUUUUUUUUUUAUAUAUCAAUCUUGCGUUAAAAUAUACUAAUAGAAAAAAAAAUGGUCCGCCCGUAACAUAGUGAGUCUUACGCAGCAAUUACUUAAUGUUUCGUGUUCUCGGUGAAAGUUAAUUGCUCUAGGGUAUAAGUGGAAUCUAUCUGUGGUUGUGAUUUGGUUGAUGAAGAGGAGUUGUAGUAGUAAUAGUAGUAGUAGUAGCUAUAGUAGUAGUAAUGUAUGGGUGGUAGUAAUUGGAGAAGGAGAAGGAAGAGGAGGAGGAGGAAUUGUAGAAAGUAUAGAUGAUAGUAUAUGUAAUAGUAGUAGUAGUAGUAGUAUCUUCGUAAAAAAUAUCCCAUUUAACUACAACCCAAAAAAUCACGUAAAAAAAAAAAAACCUAACACAAAAACGACCAUAUUUGUGUGAGAUCCGAUUCUCUCUACAUAGUUUUUUAUCGAACAUAUAUUCUUUGUACUUAAUCACUAGACCACAAACAUUGGCGAGAUGCUGUCUAACGCACAAAAACACACACACACACACACAUACAUGCACAUGCACACGAUAUACAUACAUAAGCCAGCGUGUGUACGUAUGUGUGUGUGUGUGUGGGAAGGGAAGGGGAAGGGAAGAGGAAGGACAAGGCAAUGGGAAGGGGAAGGGGAAGGGGGAGGCCGGGAGGUGCCUUAAAAUAUAUAUACCUUCUAUUAUAUUAUUUUUUUAAACGCAUAAGAUUCUGUUUUUUUAUCUUUUUAGUUGUUUUAUUUGUACAUGAGAUGAUUAUUA